GUCAUUCAGUCCCCAACCGAAGCACGAAGCCGAACACGCUCGAGGACACGCUCCCGGUAGCCACUGCCACUGCCGCCGCCGUCGCUUUCGGUCCGCUGUGAACCUUCGUGGCGACUAAUGGCUGCCUGCCUCCGUGUGUGAAAUUCAAUUUGGACCGCAUCGUCAGUGCAAGAACCACAACAGCAGCCCAGACGACAGCAAUAAAUAAGAAGCAGAGAAAAUAGCAAAAAUAAAACCUAAAAAUCCAAACAGCAGCAGGAUCAACCACAGGAACAGGAGGAGCCUCAGGCAACGGUCCGAGAAAUUGCCAUCGAUAGAGGCAGGAAGUAGGGGCGGACACGUAGCCGUAGCCGAAGCGUAACAACUGGAGCCUGGUGACAUCUCCACGCACUGAGUGAGGACUCGACAAUGCGCUUCAUUAAUUUGGCUGGCAGCCGCAGAGCAGCAGACCCGCCGGCACAGGCACAGGCACAGGAACUGAAAGUGGAACAGGGAUUCGCGUCAGCUGCAGCAACAUUGCAUUGAGUGCAGGAUACUGUGGAGUACGGUAGCCAUGGUGGAGGACAACGAGGAUGCGCUGCCGCAGCUGGCGCUGCCGGAAGCGGAAGCUGAAGGAGCCGCCGCCGCCGCCGCCUCGUCCAUUGUGGAGCCCCUGCUGGCCCUGCUACGUGCCGACAUUCUCAAUCACACACAGACCCGAGCACCAGCCAGCUUCUACAGCAGCUACAACAUAUCCGAGGACGUUUACUUCUACUUCAACGGCCUGAGUGCGAUGCCCACCAGCACGGAGCUGUCGCUCAAUGGGAGUGUGUCCACCACAACUAUGGGCCCGCUCAGCACCACCACCAGCAUCAGCAGCAGCAGCAGCGGCAGCAGCACGACCCCCGAACCGGAUCUGUCCGAGUUCCUGGAGGCGUUGCCCAACGAUCGCGUCGGCCUGUUGGCCUUCCUCUUUCUGUUCUCGUUCGCCACCGUUUUUGGCAAUUCGCUGGUCAUCCUGGCCGUCAUCCGGGAGCGGUAUCUGCACACGGCCACCAACUACUUCAUCACCAGCCUGGCCGUGGCCGAUUGUCUGGUGGGGCUGGUCGUUAUGCCCUUCUCGGCCCUGUACGAGGUGCUGGAGAACACGUGGUUCUUCGGCACCGACUGGUGUGACAUCUGGCGCUCCCUGGACGUGCUCUUCAGCACCGCCUCCAUACUCAAUCUGUGCGUCAUAUCGCUGGACCGCUACUGGGCCAUCACCGAUCCCUUCAGCUAUCCCAUGCGGAUGACGGUGAAGCGAGCCGCCGGCCUGAUAGCCGCCGUCUGGAUCUGCUCGAGUGCCAUCAGCUUUCCGGCCAUUGUCUGGUGGCGGGCGGCGCGGGACGGCGAGAUGCCCGCCUACAAGUGCACCUUCACCGAGCACCUGGGCUACCUGGUGUUCUCCUCGACGAUCUCCUUCUACCUGCCGCUGCUGGUGAUGGUGUUCACCUACUGCCGCAUCUACCGGGCGGCGGUGAUUCAGACGCGCUCCCUCAAGAUCGGCACCAAGCAGGUGCUGAUGGCCUCCGGCGAGCUGCAGCUCACAUUGCGCAUUCAUCGCGGCGGCACCACCAGGGAUCAGGCCAAUCAGGUCUCGGGUGGGGGUGGUGGUGGCGGCGGCGGUGGAGGAGGAGGCGGAUCGCUGAGCCACUCCCAUUCGCAUUCGCAUCACCACAACCAUCACAAUCAUGGCGGUGGCACCACCACAUCCACGCCCGAGGAGCCCGACGACGAGCCGCUAUCGGCGCUGCACAACAACGGACUGGCCCGCCACCGGCACAUGGGCAAGAACUUCUCGCUCUCCCGCAAGCUGGCCAAGUUCGCCAAGGAGAAGAAGGCCGCCAAGACGCUGGGCAUUGUGAUGGGCGUGUUCAUUGUGUGCUGGCUGCCGUUCUUUGUGGUCAAUCUGCUGUCCGGUUUCUGCAUGGAGUGCAUCGAGCACGAGGAGAUUGUGUCGGCGAUUGUCACCUGGCUGGGCUGGAUCAACUCGUGCAUGAAUCCGGUUAUCUAUGCCUGCUGGAGCAGGGACUUUCGCAGAGCCUUUGUGCGUCUGCUGUGCAUGUGCUGUCCCCGCAAGAUUCGCCGGAAGUAUCAGCCCACAAUGCGGUCCAAGUCGCAGUGCCACGUGGCCGCUGCAAUGGUGGCAGCCUCGACCUCCUUUGGCUACCACUCGGUGAACCAGCUGGACCGCACGCUCAUGUGACGUCAGCUGAGCAGCUGCAGCACCUGCAGCGGUGGCAGCAACUGCGGCGGAGGCGGCGGCGUUGGAGUUGGAGGCGGCUCCCGCAGUGGCCAUCACCACCAUCACUCCUCGGGCACGGCCACGCCCUCCUCGUCGCAGCGUUCGUGCACCCGCUGCCAGAGCUUCCAUCGCCACCACCACCGGGACAGGCGCCGCAGCUCAGCGAUGAAGCAUCGCGGCGACUACAGCUCCACGUCGGCGGUGAACAGUGCGGCCAAGACGCUAGUGACGAUCACUGCCCCGCCGGCGGCAGCGGCCUCGGCCAGCUCGUUGCACCUGGGCGGCGGUUCAAGGCCCUCAUCGGUCUCCACCUUGACCCUGGCCUCCGUGCCGGCCACGCUGCUGCUGGAGCCGGCUCUGGGGCUCGGCGGCGGGUCGGUGAGUGCGGCCAACACGCCUGUGGCACCCAGCCUGAAGCACUCCAGCCUGGCGUUGACACCGGGCGGCAACUCCUCGGGUCACCACGUCUCCUUCAUGCCCAUGGCGGGCAUGAGGCGUCUGCGCAGCUCCCACUCCUCGCUGAGCUCGCCCACGGCCCCAGCUCUGGGUGCUGGUGUGGACACCAUCUCGGCUAUCUCGCUCACCGAUGCCGCCGAGGAGCACGCCCAGCAUCAUCAUCAUCAGCGCCACAGAGUGCUGGAGCAGCGCCAGAGUGUGCAGAGCCAGAUCACCACGCUGGGCGAUGUGGACGAUGACGAGGACAGCGACAGUGAGAGCAUCGGACUGGCCCUGGUGCAGACGACACCGCAACUGGAAUGCCAGCCGGAGGAGGCGGCCUCCAGUUCCUCCAGCUCCUCGGUAAAGUAAACUCGGAGCAAAGCCACAGAGAAUUAUCACAGAACUAUUCACGGACAUCCCAGUCCAGCCCAGUAAACUAGCACUAAGAACUCUCUCCAUAGAUGUGUGUGUGUGUCUGUAUAUAGUUAUGCAUAUGGCGCUCCAGCCCUCGUCUAGUCUCACAUUAGCUUAUCGAUUGGUGAUAGAACACUAUGCAACAGAAGAUCUGACUACGGACCGGGCCCCACUUUCGUUUCCAUUCGAUUGAGAAGCUCCUGUGCCAUCAGUGCCCCAUGAUGCGAUGGUGGGUGGGUUGCAUAGUGUGAAUUAGUUGUUACAAUUAGUUGUCAUAUCUUAGAUCUUCCAUUAUAUAGAUGUUAUCCACUAGAGUAAAAUGUAUUUUUGGUUCUGUAAAUGUCUUAGCCAUUGAAAGCUACGUCUUCAACCUGUCCACGUACCUGACUCUCUUUCAGAAAACAAAAAAAAACAAACACACUUUCCAAAUAAAUAAUAUACUGUACAUAGCUACAAGUCCGCUCUUUGCCUCUUCCCCUCUCUCUCUCCUUAUAUUUAACUCUAUUUCUGUCCCAACUGAAACUAACAUAAACAUUACGGGUGCAAAAUGAAUUUAACUCUGCCUCGGCAAUCAGCAAACUGGCUUCAAAACUCUACUCUACUCCACCCAGCAUUCAAGGCAUUCCUCACUCCCGCCUCACAUUUAGGUUGUCAGUGUUUGAGUACAAAAACGAGUGAAGGACUUUUUGUUUCUUUUGGCUUGUACUUUGAACUACUUACGAGCAUAGCAAUAGACGUUAGAGUGAAUGUUAAAUGUGCUUCAGCUAUGAGAGGUUGAUGUACUUAAUAAUUGAGAGAGCGAAACGUAAUGCAUUAAUCCAUCAAAGGGUUCUGUUCGGUUCUGUUCUCUGUUCUGCUAUGAGUGAGUGCUCAUCCGAUUACAAUUUUGCAAUAAUUAAUGCGUGCAAUUAGAAUUGAUUUUCCCGCUCCACCGAAAAUGAAAAUGAAAAUGAAAAUGGUAAAGGCAGAGAAGAAUGGCCGGGGGGAAAUACUUAUAGAAAUGGCGAUACGUCAUUUUUAGUGGAUGGGACGACGGGCAACGGAACAAAUCAUCGCAUCGUCUCGAGACGAGACGCGAGAGAAAAGAAUAGAAAAAUGUUGCUCAUUGUUUUCAAAACAAACAAAGCGAAAUGAAAAACGAAAGCAAAUACAUAGCAAAGCAAGCACAAAAAAUACAGAA